AUGUCUGGUCUUCCUGCUUACGCCCCUACAGCGACCACAUCAUACACGCCGGCUGAUAAUCCCAAUGUCAACUUUCAUCAAGAGUUCUCAAGAGCUACUUUGCUACCCACGACGGUGCAUAAGGCUGUCUAUGAGUCUCUCUGUGAGAUCUUCUCCAUAGCAACGGUGUUGGAAAUGAUCGAGAACUCCUUCUUGAAGGACUACAUCACCGAUAAAGAAAAGUACACAUCUACAGUGAUGCGGAUGAUUAAUCAGUACCAGAUGCUCCUCAAGGGCUUUGGUAAGACCCCUACACACAAAUCCGUACUCGCUGAGAUCUUGCCAGGAAUAGAGGACACCCAUGAUAACCUUUUACCCUUAAUGCAAGAGAAAUUCAGACUCCAUGUACCGCUAGCAAUAGAAAGACUCACAUCGGGUGUCCCAGCAACCAUUCAGCAUUUCCACACGGUCGUUGAGAGCACUUCAGAGGCAAAGGAUGAAUCUACAACCCAACCACCGGGACUGGCAUCGGCGCUGGCGCUGGCAAGACUUGUGGCAGAAGCUACAGGUAGUUUUAUCACUCUAAUGGAUGCAUUGAAGCUUAAUUACAAGACAAAGUCACAACUUCACCCGCUCUUGAGUGACUUGGUAGUCAGCUUGAAUGACUUGGUGCUGAAAGAGAACGACAGUUCGAAGCCUAUCGACUUUCCUGGAAAAUCAAAGCUCGUUGGCUGGCUCAUCAAGCUCAACAACUUGGAAGAGAACCAGGACAUAUAA